UGCUAGUAGAGGUUGGUCGACAUCAGAAAAGUGAAAGAAUUCUUAGAAUUUGACUAGAAAGAGAGAGAAAUAUGUCGUCUGGAGCUCUGUUUCCUAGCUUGGUGUCCGGAUCUCGGGGCUCAUCAAGCAAAUACCUGGUAGAGUUCCGUGCUGGAAAAAUGACCCUGAAGGGCAGCACCGUGACCCCGGAUAAGCGCAAAGGACUUGUGUACAUUCAGCAGACAGACGAUUCGCUCAUCCACUUCUGCUGGAAGGACAGAUCCACGGGGAAUGUGGAGGAUGACCUGAUCAUUUUUCCUGAUGACUGUGAGUUCAAGAGGGUCAAUCAGUGCACCAUGGGCCGUGUUUUUGUGCUUAAGUUUAAAGCUGGCUCCAAAAGACUCUUCUUUUGGUUGCAGGAGCCUAAGACAGAUAAAGAUGAGGAGUACUGCAGGAAAGUGAAUGAAUACCUCAACAACCCACCAAUACCUGGCACUCUGGGGAGUGGAGGCGGCAGCAGCCAUGAGCUGUCUGCUCUUGGAGGUGAAGGUGGCCUUCAGAGUCUUCUUGGUAAUAUGAGUCACAACCAACUAAUGCAACUCAUAGGACCAACUGGACUCGGUGGACUAGGGGGUCUGGGAGCUCUGGCAGGACCAGGUCUGGCCAGCCUGCUAGGAAGUGGAGUUCCAGCUACUAGCAGCUCAUCUUCCAGCUCUCGUAGUCAGUCCACUGCCGCCACUCCAUCAUCCACCUCAGCCCCCACGCGCCUCGGCUCCUCCCAGGUUCCAAGCACACCCAUAAGUCCAUCUGCAACAGUCACAGCCUCACCCGCACCCACCCCCAGCACACCUGCAGGCCCUGCUCUCUCUGCUGGAGCCACCUGCCCAUCUCAGCCCAUCCAACUGAGUGACCUGCAGAGCAUCUUAGCUACAAUGAAUGUGCCUACAGCAGGACAAGGAGUGGACCUUGCAAGUGUUUUGACCCCUGAGGUCAUGGCCCCAAUUCUCGCUAAUGCAGAAGUGCAGCAGAGGCUCCUGCCGUACCUCCCAUCUGGAGAAUCCCUUCUUCAAAGCACAGAAGAACUUCAAAACACUCUCACCUCGCCGCAGUUUCAGCAGGCUAUGAGUAUGUUCAGCAGUGCACUGGCAUCAGGGCAGUUGGGGCCUUUGAUGAAUCAGUUUGGAUUACCUACAGAAGCCGUAGAGGCGGCCAAUAAAGGAGAUGUGGAAGCAUUUGCCAAGGCCAUGGAAGGUGAAGGCAAGUCGAAUGAAGGAGGAGACAAGAAAGAUGAUGAGGAGGACAUGAGUUUAGAUUAGGCAACUCUCUACAUGAGCGGUUUCUCUGCAUUCAUCAGUUGAACUUUUUUCUCACUGUAGAGCUUCCAGAGCAUCAUGCUGUCAAGCUAAAUGUCAUGUUAAAGGUAAUGUUUUUUUUAAAUGGAUAGUUCACACAAAAAUGAAAAUUCAGUCAUUGAAAAUGUAAAUAUUUUUAAUGAAACCUGAGAGGUUUCUCUUACUCAAUUUAAAAUCUAGAUAAAGUGAUCAUAUCCCUUCACAAGACUUGGAUUAAACUACUUGAUUCAUAAGGACACUUUCGGAUGUUUUACGUUUUGGUUACCUGGACUUGUUUUUCAAAGAUUAUUCAGAGUUUUAUGGGUUUGGAAUGACAUGAGGGUGAAUAAAAAUAAGAUUUUUUUUGUGAACUAUUCCUUUAAAUGCUUAAUUCUGUCCCAGUCACAGUGACAGAUUUUUUUUGUUUGUUUUUUCAGUAUUAUGAUGUACAUUUAAAAAAUAUACAAAAUAGAUAGGGUUAAUUAGGGUGAAUAUGCCAAGUUUAAUGUGCUUUCAACAUUUCUCUGUUUGAACGGCCUCACAUAGCUACUUCUAGCUUUACUAUUGGCAUUGGGGUGCGACUACCUUUGUGUCUGAACUAUAGAUAUUUCACAUUUCUAUUUUAAUCAGGAGGUCUUAUACUGUUAUUAAAACGCUUUUCCAAAUAAAGAAACUUGCAUCAA